AUGUGGAAUGCCAUCCGAGAGCUGAUAUCAACAUUGCCUGUGGCAUUUAGAGAUGCAUAUGAUAAAUACAAAAAAGAUUAUGGUGUAGAGCACCCGAUAGACAGAUGGGAAACAUGUUGCACAUUAACAAACCGUGCUUUUGAAUAUGCUACAACAUUGCUAUAUGUAAAUGAAUAUGUGUCAGAAGAAGCCAUGGAAACGGUAAGGAUUAAAGAUAAUAAUAACAGGUAAUUUGAUAUCGAUUAUAUAGGGUGUGGUUACCAGAUAAUGAAGCUCAUAAUACGUGUGCUCGAAAACAGGUCUGCAUUUAAUAUGUGCUUUUUAGAGACAAGGGUUUUGUUCGCACGUAUUUAACAUGUGGCAGAUACUGUUUUGCCAGAUACCAAAUGAUUCCGGAUGGUAGUCUACUGGAUAACGGUUAGGGAAAAAUGAUAAACAGAUACUAGAUAUUUGGGUAGUAACCGGAUACUAAGCGUGGUACUUGUUCAAUAUUGUUUCAUUAUGUGCUUUAUCUAAUAUCUGUGGCAAUGGGUCUGCGGGAAAUCAAGGGCAGAGAGCUGUUUAUAUCUCGAAAACAUUUCCUGCAUGUUGAUAUUCGGUUUUGAGCCCGCAGUCGGGAGUCCAAGCGGGCGCGCAUACGUAAGUUGUUGUGUUUUAAAAAGCAUGGCGUGAAGGCCACCUUUUAGUAUUAACCUAGAACAUAAUUGAGCUUAAUACAGACUUGUAGUCCUUUUAACACUGCAUAUCAUGUUUCAUAAUACAUACAAAAGACAAAGGAAACAUUUUUUAGGUUUCAUGAUUUUAAUAAAAGUUCCAGUAUUAUCCGGUAAAUAUCCGGGUACAUUUUAUUUAAUGCAAUUAUCCGAAUCCGGCACAUCGCUAACAGGAUAUCCAAUAUAGAAUUAGAAUAGGAUUAGUAUAGAAUUAGAAUAGAAUUAGAAUAGAAUUAGAAUAGAAUUAGAAUAGAAUUAGAAUAGAAUUAGAAUAGAAUUAGAAUAGAAUUAGAAUAGAAUUAGAAUAGAAUUAGAAUAGAAUUAGAAUAGAAUUAGAAUAGAAUUAGAAUAGAAUUAGAAUGGAAUUAGAAUAGAAUUAGAAUAGAAUUAGAAUGGAAUUAGAAUAGAAUUAGAAUAGAAUUAGAAUAGAAUUAGAAUAAAAUUAGAAUAAAAUUGGAAUAAAAAUAGAAUAAAAAUAGAAUAAAAUUAGAGUAAAAUUGGAAUACAUCGAGUUAGAAUAAGAAUAGAAUUAGAAUAGAAUGAGUAAAAUUAGAAUAGUGUUAGAAUAGUAUUAUAGGAUUAGAAUUUAAAAGUCAAGUAUAUAUUUUCUGAGCCUGAGGUUCGUAAUACACCUGUUUGAAAACUAAGGUGACUACAUUUAAUAAUAAUUUGUUUUUCAUAGGUGGGAGAAUUAUUUACCGAGAUAAAGAAUCAGUUUAUUAAUGGCUUGAAAGAACAAGAUUGGAUGGAUGACGCAACCCGCGCUCAGGCGCACCUUAAGGUUAGUCACGUUAGUGAUGUAAUGUGUUUUCAUCUGUUUUUGCCUGUAAAUUAAAAUAUAAAAUUUUCUUUUGUCUAAUCAGUAUUUCGCUGUUGUAUUUUGCACGUUAGCGCAUUACUCAAUCUAAAAGACUUGCAGUAUAACCUUUUCAACUAGAAGUACAUUGUAUGUGAACUGUACUGUGCAACUGACUGUUAUGUACAAUAAUCUUUUAAUAAAUCGUUUUAUACAUAAUAGCUGGAUAAGAUGAGGAAAAACAUUGGUUAUCCACCGUUUAUAAAAGAUCCUGGCAAGCUUAACAAGUUUUAUGAGAAUGUGAGUGCUUGUUGUUUAGUUUCUUGUCAAAUAUUCCGUGUGAUAUAAUCUACUUGUGUAUACUGUAAUUUACUUUCCAGGUUGAUGUCAGUAAAUCUCAACUUUUGCAAAACCAGUUGAGUUUUAUAAGAGAUAAUGCUAUGAAGAAACUAGAUACAUUGGGAAGGCUUCCUGAUGACAAGAAGUAUGUUAUACCAAUGAGCUCUAUAUACAUCUGGAAUACGAACGUCAGGAGUAAAAACGUAGGUCAUUCAGCAUAUGGAAAAAGGAAAGCUAAGAUGGCGCAAAUUGACGUCCAGUGCUUAUGAAGAUUAUAAACAGUUUACAUACUGCUUAUCCAAGCUGAGUCCAGUUUUUACCACAGAUCAUAUCGCAAAUCAUGUUAUCAUUUCAUAAAACCAUAGUAUUAUUUUAUUUGGCACAUGCACUUCUUGUAGCAUCACAUCGUCAACAGCAGUAGAAAGGGGCUGGCACUGGACUUCACUUUUUCGACGCAGAUUUUUGCUCCAGAUAUGUACAGGGCGUAUAAAAAAAACGGAGUCGUCCUAAAUAUCCUUAUUUCUAUCGUAAAAUAAACUACCAUAGUUUCGUUUUGUGCUCAAUUUAAAGCUUGUUUUUUCAUCUUUCGAAUGAAGGGUUUCUUGAAAAUUUUGAACUAAGGCUAAUUGCAAUAAAAAGAAUUUAGUACAAGCGCUCGUUUUUAGAUGUUUCGAAAUAAUAAUUUUCGAAGUCCCGCGUUGUUGCAGUGUUAAGACACGUAAUCUUCAUCGAGCGUUUGGCGUAAUGUCAACAAAUACCGGCUGCAUAUGCAUUGGAUGGAAGAACCCCCCAUAAAGUUUAAAUCGAAAUAAAGUAAACUCGGGAAGAAGAAGACUUGUCUUGGAUAUGAGACAAAAAACGAACUUCUGUAAACUUAGAAAUGGAGGCCACGUUGAGUAAAUGUGUAUUUCCAACUUAUUUUUGGAACGUUUGAAUAAAUUGUGAAUUCAAUACAUCUACGUUUUUUAAUUUUCCAAUUGCACUUACUUAAAUUGACACAGCUCGCCAGCAAUAACUCCAAAUUUUAUAAAAUAAAGUACAUAAAAUAGCCGAAAAAUCGCGAUUUCGAAAGAAUGCAAGUAUAAACGUCUAACUUUCAUAUUUGCUUUGAAAUUUACACUUUAUGUGAGGACUCCGUUUAUUUUUUAAUAUACAACCUGUAUAGAGCUCGCAGUGUUAUACAAACUGAUCUGAAAACUAGAACUGGAUAGUGCCUUUGCUAUGUAUAAAUGAAGCCAAUAGCGACCAUACAGUUGUGACCAGCACAAAUCAACUGUGGUGCCGCUGACAUGUUGAAAGGUUCCUACCCUUUCCCAUACCUGGUUUUUGUGGGAUCAUAGCCUAACGAAGGGAAAUGGCUGUGAAACUCAUUAGAAUAACAAUAUAACUCAUUAUCUAUGUCGGUCAACGUUUCUUCAUAAAUCUGGUCCUUCACCGUCACGUGUGUAUUGUAUUCUUUCCCAACUAACCAAUAACAAUGUUUAGGAAAGUCACCUAUCCGUGACUCGAACAAUAGGGAAACUGGAAAUUGCUAUUGGUGGUUUUGGUAAAAAUACAAUACACACGUGUGACGGUGAAACGACCAGAUUUAUGAAUAAACGUUGACACAAAGAUAAUGAGUUAUAUUGUUAUUCUAAUGAGUUUCACAGCCAUCUUCCCUUCGGUAGGCUAUGGUGGGACGGAAAGCAUAUUGUCUGCAUAGAAUUUGGUCAUAAAUGGUCUGUCAUAUUCUUAAAUUUGUAAGUGAAUAAAUAAUGAGUCACACCAAUUUGGCCGGCUAGAACAUCCUAGAAUUCAAGAUGAACAAGAAAAAGUCCAAUUAGAAGCACCAUACGACGCUCAAAAUCAUCUUUUCUAUCUUUAUCAAAUUUGUCAGAACGAACUAAUGCAAUUUUUUUUCUUUUCUUGAUUCUUGACAGGUUCUUAGAGUCGCCUCUUGAGGUCAAUGCGUAUUAUUACCCUCCAGUAAAUGGAAUGAGUAAGUAACUUUCUUCGUUUGAAGUCUGAUGCCUUUUUGUCUCACCUUUCCUAUUUCAUUCUUUUCUCUAUUUCUCUCACCCUCUUUUCCUUCUUAAUGCGCCUUUUUAAUUGCUUUUUUCCCCUACCUUCUUUCCAUCCAAGAUUCGUCCCUACCUUUCUUUGUUUAUUCAUUCUUUCCUUCCCUCCAUCCAUCGAUCCAUUCAUCCUCCCACACCCCUUUCCUCCUUUAUUUCUCUACCUUCUUACAUGCUAUUUUUUUCUUUUCUUAGAUUUUUCUUGUUACCUCCGAACAUAAACAAACAAACACAUGUUUUUGUCCGGUUGUGUGUUUGGCUGCCAGCCCGAUAACUUACAUAGAUAAAAAAUUUUGCCGUGCAGUGCCAUGUACUACUGUGUGGUGCCAUGGAGCAUGAGCAAAACAAGUGCACCACAAGCGCAAAGCUAAGACGUAUUAGUCUUAUGAUUUGGAACAAACUAACAAAAUAACAAAUUCAUGCACAAAUAUAAAUAUCAAAGCGAUUCGAAUUUCGCUUAGGCAUCAUGGCAACCAUAAUAUGUCACGUGCAGUGACUUUAAACCUGAUAAAACACUCCUAAUCAGUAUUCUUUAUAUAAAGAAUACUAAUAAGGCAGUAUGUAUUGUAGUCGUGUCCUCAUUAGUAUUCUUUAUAUAAAGAAUACUAAUAAGGCAGUAUAUCUAUUGAAUUUGUAGUGCGCGCUUGUGACAUUAAACCUAAUAAAACACUCCUGCCCGUUUUUAAACAGUACUUAAUACAAAAAUUUGUGGGACUAAUAGACAUUGUCCAAGGACAAAUUAAUUAAACUUUUUUUUAAAUUUGGAAGAAAAAAUAUUUGAUGAGAAAUUGGAAAAAAAUUUUCUUGCUUUGCUUGUAUAAUUUAUGCAUGAUAUACAUAACUUUUAAGACAUGCCGUCUCCGAGUGCCCUUUAGUUUGUUUAUGUGUUUACCAAGGUUUGUUUGUUUGUUUGUUUGUUUGUUUGUUUGUUUGUUUGUUUGUUUGUUUGUUUGUUUGUUUGUUUGUUUGUUUGUUUGUUUAUUUGUUUGUCUGUCUGUCUGUCUGUCUGUCUGUCUGUCUGUCUGUCUGUCUGUCUGUCUGUCUGUCUGUCUGUCUGUCUGUCUGUCUGUCUUGUCUGUCUGUCUGUUUGUAAGUCUAUCUGUCUGUCUGUCUGUCUGUCUGUCUGUCUGUCUGUCUGUCUGUCUGUCUGUCUGUCUGUCUGUCUGUCUGUCUGUCUGUCUGUCUGUCUUGUCUGUCUGUCUGUUUGUAAGUCUAUCUGUCUAUCUGUCUGUCUGUCUGUCUGUCUGUCUGUCUGUCUGUCUGUCUGUCUGUCUGUCUGUCUGUCUGUCUGUCUGUCUGUCUGUCUGUUUGUUUGUUUGUUUGUUUGUUUGUUUGUUUGUUUGUUUGUUUGUUUGUGUUUGUCAAUUAGACUAGAAUUAAUGGCUUACAAACUAUGUAACAGUUUAAUACGAAACUUUGUGGUGCUGAUGGUCAUAAGGUCAAAGACAAACAGAUUAAACUUUUGUUCGAUUUGGCUAAAACUCGAAUGAGAAAUGUACAAAAGUUUGUUUUGCUUUUUAGACUGAAAACGACUGAUGCGUAAUUAGUGCAUGUAUAAUUUAAUAUGCCUAAAUACUCGAGUUACUGCGAUUUUCACUCCCAAUGGCUUGCCAAUCACAAUGUCCGUUAAUUGAACUGUAUUUAUUCUAGCACUAAUCAUAAUCUAAUGAUUUUGACGACAUUGAGAAAUGGCCUUGACAACAUACACCGGGUGAUAAUAAAACUUUUCGUAUAAUUAAACGUUCAAACAUUUCGACAAAACAAUUGGCGCGCCAAGUUUAACUUGAGUGAAAAUUGAAAUAUUUUGUUGAAGGAGGUAUGAAGUCCCUGCACAUUGGUACCCCUAGUUUCCUAAUAUGUCUUUUCGUCCACUUUUCGUCCUAUUUUUUCCAUGACCUUAUGCUUUGUGAGCUUCUAUUUUUUCAUUAACACUAUGCUUUUGUUUCUGCAUUUAUCGAUAUUUUUUGGUUAUCUUGCAGCUGUUUUAGCAGGAAUAUUACAACCACCAUUCUACAGAGGUGACACACUAAAGUAAUGUAAUGUUUUUGUUCUUCAGAAUUUAACAAAUACCCCUGCAACGUACAAUGUUUAUAUAUGCCAAUAAGCGAAAAUCAUAAAUGCUAUUAUUAUACCAGUUUUAAGUAUUUUAAUAAUGGAAAUUUUACAUGAGUUUACAUGUAUGUUUUUUCCCCAAAUUGCGCGAGAAACCAUACUAUUAGUCUAUUAUUACUAAUCAAUAAUAUACAUAAAACAUCAUGCAGAAACAAAUUCACUUAAUUGUAUGCAUGAAACACAUGAGAAUUCCAAUAUCCGCCGUUUUUGUGGUACUGCAUUCUUAUUUCUUUCCUCGUAAAAUAAACCCAUUCUUACAGAAUUACUAACUACGAAAGAAUAAUAUCACAGUAAGUUAAUUGGUAAAUAUUAUAUUUUUGCCAUCACAAUAACUCUUUUUCUUUAACUGCCCCACACUCACCCCACACUCACCCCACACUCACCCCACACUCACCCCACACUCACCCCACACUCAAGCAACUCUCAGACUCAAAGACUCACAGACGCUGCUUCGCAACAUCCGUGAACUCGUCGAAAAUGUGACCCACUCGAGCUCGCAUCGGCGGCUCGUGAACCACUUUUUGUUCUUCCCCAUUAUGACGCCUGUGUAUCUAUAACCGAACAGACAACGGCAAAAUUUAUCUAUUUGCUAAAUAUUUCACUGCUCCUUCAGCCAACCAGAAUUAAAUAAUUUUUAAUUAAUAUUAAUUAAGCCAGUAAGCCAAAAACAAAUUAAAAUUAAAUUGCAAAUUUCUUGUGGUAAAUUCCAGGGCGUUAACAUAUGGUUCUCUUGGGACGAUCGUGGGUCAUGAAAUCACCCAUGGCUUUGACAAGCAAGGUAAGAUGGUAAAUGAAUAGGAGGAUUCACAGAGUUUGGUCGUGGUCAUGGUUCAUGCAUGGUGCAACCGUUGACCACAUGGGUAAUCACAAGUGAGAAGGUGGCAAAGAACUAGUCUGUAUAGUCUUGCUUAACAAUAGCACAAAUAUUUUACUAUCUCAUAUUGUCUCCAUUUUACUUUUUAUUAUGUAAUUGCCUUUUAAAAGUAAUAAAAUGCAUUUUAAAGACGCAAUUUAGCAACCUCUUGCCAUGCUUGGAUGGGUGCGCACCACCCUAACUCCCCCCGGUCAACCUAUGCCAUACGGUUUUCCGUCGCUACGGAAAGCCAUCUGGUAUAAUGUAAACGCAGCAUUAAUAUUUUGAAGCAUAUAACUGUUAAAUUUAAGCAAAUACUCGCGGUCAUGUUUACAAUUCAAAUCCUCCCUAACAACAGGCAGUCAGUUCGACGAAAAUGGAAAUAUUCGUUCAUGGUGGACCAAGAGGUCACACAAUAAUUUCGUGAAACGAUCGAAAUGCUUGAUCAAACAGUAUAACAAAGUUAAAGUCUACGGCGUGCAG